AGACUCUAACAGGCAAGUGCUUUGAGAAGUGCAUCACUAAACCAGGAUCAAGCAUGAGUGGUAGCGACAGUAGUUGCGUUUCUAGGUGUGUGGAUCGCUACAUUGAGGCUACAGACAAUGAUCUCUGGUAAUUGACGUACGAAGCCAAUCAGUGUUUCCUUGAAUCACCUUUUCUUUUUCCUUCUUUGCUGCAUACAACUGACAGAUAGCCUUCUACUAUCUUAAGAUGAGAGGAUCCUACAAGUUGCAAUCGAUGAUGGUGCAAAUUUCAUUGCAGAACAUGUGAUAUUUUUAAAAUAAGUAUGAGGUGUUGGUGAUGAAGGAGAUGGGUCAAUGGCAAUUUAUUUUAUGUAUUUAGUAUAAAGAUUUCGACGAUGUGGAACCUACCGUGUGGGAAGUUGUAGGCAGGCAUUUAACUUAUUGGUCCUACAUUCCGUCUCAGACUCAGCCUAUUUGAACUGACAGAAUCAAACAUACCAUACCAAGGAUUUUAAUUUAUAUUACUGCACAAUCACAAGUUAGUUUUGCAGAAAGAAAACGUCAUAAGUAACCUAGUAUUCCUUGAUUCUUUAUCAUCUUCAUCUUGUGACGUAACUUGCAGAUGCUCCAUUGAUGACGAAUGCUCAAACUAUACCAAUUAUUUAAUUUCUACAUCUAGAACAAGCAUGAAUUUUUCAAUCAUGUACGCUUUAUUUAAUUGUUAAAUUCGUUGAAUAUGCGUACGUAUGCAACCCCUAUUCACAGUUUCCCACUCCCAGAUUAAGAUUUUUGAAUGCAACAGUAGCAAUUAUUUUGUCAAUUCCAACGGCACACUCAGUCGGUGCUGACAUUGAUAUCUAUCGUCCAGCACCAAUUUUCAGUCGGCAAUUCCUGCUACCGUCUCCUCUCUCUUUUUUCAUUCUGCAAUUUGUUUUCCUAAUUCCUAUAAAUUCAACACUAUCUAACCCACCAUCUUCAAUUCAUCAUCCAUAUGGCUACACCUACCACUUCCACCAAGCUCCUACUCUCUGACUUUGCAUCCACUGUUCAAAAUGUUCCCUCUAAUUAUAUCAGACCCUUCAAUGACCGUCCCAAUCUCACACAAGUCCAGGUAUCAGAUGCUUCUUCUAUUCCUCUUAUCGACCUUGAUGGUCUUCAUGGUCCCCGCCACUCUGAAAUCAUCCAACAGAUUGCGUUAGCAUGCCAAAACGAUGGCUUCUUUCAGGUGAAGAACCACGGAAUUACAGAGGAAAUGAUCAAUAACAUGUUAAACAUUGCAAGAAAAUUUUUCAAAUUGCCAGAGAGUGAGAGGUUGAAGAGUUACUCUGAUGACCCUUCUAAAACCACUAGACUCUCCACUAGUUUUAAUGUUAAGACCGAAAAGGUGGCUAACUGGAGAGAUUUCUUGAGACUUCAUUGCUAUCCUCUUCAAGAUUACGUCCAUGAGUGGCCUACUAAUCCUCCAUCCUUCAGGGAAGACGUGGCCGAGUAUUGUAUAAGUAUUAGGGGAUUAGUGUUGAGACUACUCGAGGCCAUGUCAGAGAGUUUAGGGCUUCAAAGAGAUUAUAUAGACAAAGCAUUAAGCAAACAUGGCCAGCACAUGGCUUUGAACUAUUAUCCACCCUGUCCACAACCUGAACUAACUUAUGGACUUCCUGGACAUACUGAUCCUAAUUUAAUCACUAUUCUUCUUCACGAUGAUGUGCCUGGCCUUCAGGUUCUCAGGAAUGGCAAAUGGGUUGCUGUCAAUCCCAUUCCUAAUACCUUUAUCAUCAACAUCGGUGACCAAAUGCAGGUACUCAGCAAUGAUCGGUACAAGAGUGUGCUUCAUCGAGCUGUGGUGAAUUGUGACAAGGAACGCAUAUCUAUUCCAACCUUUUAUUGUCCAUCGCCAGAUGCUUUAAUAGGUCCAGCCAAGGAUUUAAUCGACCAUGACCACCCUGCUGUCUAUAGAGACUUUACAUAUGCUGAAUACUAUGACAAAUUCUGGAAGAGGGGACUUGAAACUGAAUGCUGCUUGGACAUGUUCAAGAUCUCUACAACUGCUUCAUCUUUAUAAUUAGUCAUAAACGCACUAGGUGUCUGUGGAGAGAUAAUUUCACCAUCAUCAAGUUAUUGAUUGUAUUUCAUCUGUAAUAAAGUUUAAUGUUAUGUAAUUUUAAUUCA